AUUUUGUGCAUGACGCGACACUGUACCCAACCCAACGCAUUCUCUUCUCUCUCAUCUCUCUCUCUCUCUCUCUCUCUCUCUCUCUCUCUGGGCGUCUAAUGUUGUACUUUCGUGUUUCCUUCACUUCUUCCAUUACCAUUAUUAUAUUAUUAUCACUGUUCUUUCCUCCGUUAUAAAGCAAUUGCUCGAUCACACUGCCAGAACCCGUGAAACCAAGAACAUAGGUUUUCCUUUGGGUAUGUAUUUUCUAGUGUGGCUGAGGUGCUAUGCUUGCAGGUGGUCAUAAAAUAAUGGAGUCUCAUGACGAAACGGGAUGCCAGGCUCCUGAACGUCCCAUACUUUGUAUUAAUAACUGUGGCUUCUUUGGAAGAGCUGCAACUAUGAAUAUGUGUUCCAAAUGUUACAAGGACAUGCUGUUGAAGCAGGAACAAGACAAACUUGCAGCAGCGUCGGUGGAAAACAUCGUGAAUGGCAAUUCUAGCUGCAAUGGGAAACAGGCUGUGACUGCUGGUUCUGUGGAUGUACAAGUUGGAAAUGUGGAGGCAAAAAUAGGCUGUGCUGAGAUUUCUGGGGAUUCAUCAUCUUCUAGUGAGAAUUUGGAGAUGAAAGCUAAGACAGGUCCCAACAGAUGUGCUACUUGCCAAAAGCGUGUUGGAUUAACUGGUUUUGGCUGCAAAUGUGGAAACCUAUUUUGUGCAAUGCACCGCUAUUCUGACAAACAUGAUUGCCCCUUUGAUUAUCAGACUGUUGGUCGAGAUGCUAUAGCUAAAGCCAACCCUGUAAUUAAGGCUGAUAAGCUCGACAAAAUCUAGGGAUGUAGUAGACAUAUGAAGCUAAAUGUCUCACCUUUUGUCAGCAAAUUCAUAUAUAUUGGCUGUCUGGCUUUUGAAGUGUAUUAAAUUGAUCCAUGUCAUGAUAGCAAGCACAUGUUUAGGGAAUACUUGCAUUCCUUGUUGAUUGGUGAGGAUUCACUUGUUAGCUACAGUAGAAUGUUUAUGCUUGUUUGAUGGACAUCUUUGGCUUAUUUGUAAUUUGAUUUGCUGGUUGGUACGCAUUUUUUUUUCUCAUU